AUGGCCUGCAGGAAGAGCUGCUCGGAGCAUCAGACCAAGUGGGUCCUUGCCGGCAGUGCCAGUGUGGCUCUGCUGUUCACCAUUGGGAUGGUGCUGGGCUUCACCCUACAGCGUCCAGGCUGUGAGCAGGACGUCUGCCGCCCCAACGCGGACAUGCUGGAGUACCUGCUGAGCCUGGGGCAGAUCAGUCACCGGGAUGGCCUGUCAGUCACCUGGUACCACGCAGCCAACAGCCAGGAAGAGACGAAGGCUGCCCUGAGCAGCAACGCCAUGGUCUUGGAGGCAGAUGUUACUGUCCAUGGGCUCAAUACCGCGAAUGAGACAGGGGUCCCCAUCAUGGCCCAUCCCCCUGCCAUCUACAGUGACAACACCCUGCAGCAGUGGCUGGAGACGGUGCUAGCCUCUUCCCUGAAGGGUAUCAAACUGGACUUCAAGAGCCUCAAGGCCGUGGGCCCCUCCCUGGACCUCCUGCAACAGCUGACAGAAGCCGGAAAAGUCCGGAGGCCCGUGUGGCUCAAUGCUGACAUUCUAAGGGGCCCCAAUGUGCCCCUCCCAAUUGAGGUCAAUGCCACCCAGUUCCUGGCACUGGUCCAGGAGAAGUAUCCUCAAGCCACCUUGUCUCCAGGCUGGACCACCCUCUAUAUGCCCCUGUUCCCAAACAGCACCUACACUCAAGCCAUGGUGGAGAAGAUGCAGGAGCUGGUGGGAGCGCUGCCACAGAGGGUCACCUUCCCUGUGCGGGCUGUCAUGGUGCGGGCUGCCUGGCCCCACUUCAGCUGGCUGCUGGGCCAGUCGGAAAGGUACAGCCUGACACUGUGGCAGGGCGCCUCCGACCCCGUGUCAGUGGAUGAUCUCCUCUACAUCCGGGACAACACCGCCACCCACCAAGUCUACUAUGACCUCUUUGAGCCUGUCCUGUCACAGUUCAAGCAGCAGGCCUUGAAUGCCACAAGGAAGCGAAUGUACUACACCGGCAGUAGCCUGAUCCCUGUUCUCCAGCCACCCGCGGGUGAUGGUCUGGGCGUGGAGUGGCUGCUUCCAGAAGUGCAAGGCAAUGGCAGAACAGCAGUGAUCACGCUCCCUGACAGAGAAGGCGUGAUCCUGCUGGACGUUGGUCUCCAGGGAACUGCAGCCGGGGACCCUGUGCCCAUCGUCCGUGCCCCAGGCAGCGCUGCCCUGACACUGGAGUCAUGCCUGCUGCAGCUGGCCACGCGCCCUGGGCGCUGGGGCCUCCACGUGCACAUAGUAGAGCCCGCAGCCCUCCGUCCGUCCCUGGCCAUCCUGGCACACCUCUCAGCCCUUGGCCACCUGCCUCGGCCUGUGUGGGUCGGGGCCACAAUCUCAUAUGGGAGUUUUGUGGUCCCUGGCCACACGGCUGGCAAAGAGUUCCUUAAGGCUGUGGCUGAGGUAUUCCCCCAUGUGACCGUGGCACCCAGCUGGCCCGAGGAGGUGCUAGGCAGUGGCUAUGGGGAGCGGCUGCUCAUGGAUAUGCUGGAGCUCUGCCAGGGACUCUGGCAACCUGUGUCCUUCCAGCUGCAAGCCGGGCCACUGGACCAGAGCAUGGUGGGAGCUGUGGCCAGGCUGCUGGCAGCCUCCCCCCGGGCCACCGUCACAGUGCAGCACAGCCCCACUGGGAGCAGCUGUACAGCUGUGUGGGCAGGGCUGCUGGCAGCCAGCGGGGUGGACAGGACCAGAGUCUACUGCAGGCCCCCCCAGGGGUACCACAAGGACUCGUGGGCAGAUGUUGGCAGAAACUGA